AAUGCUCACUGGGGUUUAUUUGGAUGUGUUUUAGCACUCCAGCGGCUAAUGGCCUGAGCACCAUCUCCCAUGAGUACCUGAAAGGCAGUUAUGCUCUGGACCUUGAGGCAGUCAAACAGGGAGCCUGCUCCCUGCCUCACCUCAACAAGACACUAGUGGCCUCUUGCAAACGCCUUAAUGGGGAGGUGGAUAAGGUUCUGUCUGGUCUAGAGAUCCUAUCUAAAGUCUUUGAUCAGCAGAGUUCCUUCAUGGUCUCCAAGAUGAUCCAGCAGGUACAACUCUUUGUCCCCCUUGUGUGUUUGUGCAUGAUCAGUUAGAGUGGAAGCAAGAGG